UUGUCUUUUUUUUUUUGCCUGAGAUUCCUCUCUCAUUAUCGGAUCUUCUUACACACUGAAUUUCUAAUAUUCCCCUAUUGCCCAUCGCACCUAAGCCCGUUAUUUGUUUCUCUUUGUUCCGCCACUUCUUCACUCCAUUCGCUGGCCUCUGCUGGGUCGCCUCUCCGCCCCCGCCGCUGCCUUAUGCACCUCUGAGCUGUCGCCGUUGACUCACCAUCCUCGUGAAGUUACUGUCUCUCUAUUGGAUUGAAACCAGCGAGAAUGCCGACCAAAGAUGACAACUUCGAUAAGGAUAAAUGCUUGGAGUUAUUUCUGAAGAUCAGUUUAGACGAGCGCACGGCUCGUAACACAAUUGCUAACAACAAAGUCACAGCCAAUCUCACUGCUGUCAUUAAUGAGGCUGGUGUUGCCGAUGGAUGUAAUCGGACCGUCGGAAAUCUACUUUACACGGUAGCUACAAAGUACCCAGCAAAUGCCUUAGUGCAUCGUCCGACACUCUUGCAGUAUGUUGUUUCAUCAAAGAUAAAAACACCAGCACAGUUGGAUGCAGCACUGUCCUUUCUGGCUGCUCUGGGGCCAGAUAACCUUGAUUUGAGGAAGUUUGAAGAAGCUUGUGGCAUUGGUGUUGAGGUUUCACUGGAAGAAAUUGAACAGACUGUUAAUGAAGUGGUGGAAGAAAAGAAGUCUACUAUUGUGGAGCAACGGUAUCGAACUAACGUCGGUGAAUUGCUGGGGCAUGUACGCAAGAGGCAUCCAUGGGCUGAUGCUAAAGUUGUCAAGCAAGUCAUGGAUGCUAAGCUAUAUGAACUGCUCGGUGAAAGGACAGCUGCAGAUGAUGAAAAACCCGUAAAAAAGAAGAAAGAGAAACCUGCUAAAGUAGAUGCUAAGGCGGCUGAUGUGCCUGUUCCAGAAAAGCCCUCCGAAGAAGAUGUAAAUCCAUUUUUAAUAUUCCCCAAUCCCGAGGAAAACUUUAAGGUGCAUACUGAAGUACCUUUUAGCAAUGGUAGUAUUCUGAGGUGUUGCAAUACAAAAGAGAUUCUUGACAAGCACUUGAAAGCUAAAAAGGAGAUUCUUGACAAGCACCUCAUGGAUAGAAAGGAGCUUCUUGAAAAACAUUUAAAAGCAAAGGGUGGGAGUGUUUUGACCCGCUUUCCACCUGAACCAAAUGGAUACCUGCAUAUUGGUCAUGCCAAGGCAAUGUUUAUUGAUUUUGGGUUGGCCAAAGAUAGAGGUGGAGGGUGCUAUCUAAGGUAUGAUGAUACAAACCCUGAAGCAGAAAAGAAGGAAUAUAUUGAUCACAUUGAAGAGAUUGUGAGGUGGAUGGGAUGGGAACCAUUGAAGAUUACUUAUACCAGUGAUUACUUCCAAGAACUGUAUGAAUUAGCUGUGGAGCUCAUAAGAAGAGGUCAUGCAUAUGUUGACCAUCAGACGCCAGAGGAGAUAAAAGAGUAUAGGGAGAAGAAAUUGAACAGUCCAUGGAGGGACAGGCCAAUUGCAGAAUCAUUGAAACUCUUUGAAGAUAUGAGAACUGGUCUUAUUGAAGAAGGAAAAGCGACACUUAGAAUGAAGCAAGAUAUGCAGAGUGAUAAUUACAAUAUGUAUGAUCUCAUUGCAUACCGUAUUAAGUUUACACCUCAUCCUCACGCCGGAGACAAGUGGUGCAUCUAUCCCAGUUAUGAUUAUGCUCACUGCAUUGUGGACUCUCUAGAAAACGUCACGCAUUCACUGUGCACACUUGAAUUUGAGACUCGUCGUGCAUCAUACUAUUGGUUAUUGCAUGCUUUGGGACUCUACCAACCUUAUGUCUGGGAAUAUUCAAGGUUGAAUAUCUCUAACACAGUUAUGUCAAAGCGUAAGCUAAAUCGUCUCGUGACGGAGAAGUGGGUUGAUGGUUGGGAUGAUCCACGUUUAAUGACACUAGCAGGUUUGCGGCGGAGAGGUCUGACCCCAACUGCAAUCAACGCUUUUGUUCGAGGAAUUGGAAUCACUAGAAGUGAUGGCACUUUAAUAUCUGUGGAGCGCCUUGAGUAUCAUGUUAGGGAAGAACUGAAUAGGGAGGCUCCUCGCACAAUGGCUGUGCUACAUCCACUCAAGGUUGUUAUUACUAAUCUGGAAGCGAACUCAACUAUGGAGGUGGAUGCAAAGAAAUGGCCUGAUGCUAAGGCUGAUGAUGCAUUUGCUUUCUACAAGAUUCCAUUUACCAAUGUUGUAUACAUUGAAAGUUCAGAUUUUCGGAUGCAAGAUUCCAAAGACUAUUAUGGUCUUGCUCCUGGUAAAUCGGUGAUACUAAGAUAUGCUUUUCCUAUAAAGUGCACUGAAGUUGUUCUAGCUGAUGACAAGACUAUUUUAGAAAUCCAUGCUGAAUAUGAUCCUUCAAAGAAGACAAAGCCUAAGGGUGUUCUUCAUUGGGUUCCUCAACCUUCCCCCGGAGUUGAUCCGCUCAGGAUUGAAGUCAGGUUGUUUGAAAAGCUUUUCCUAUCAGAGAAUCCAGCUGAACUCGAUGAUUGGCUUGGUGAUCUGAACCCCCAAUCCAAAGUUGUAAUCCCAAGUGCGUAUGGUUUGGACUCAUUACGAAAUGUGAAAGUUGGUGAGCGGUUCCAAUUUGAAAGAUUAGGUUAUUUUGUGGUCGACCAGGACUCCACUCCUGAAAAACUAAUUUUUAAUCGGACAGUGACCUUAAAAGACAGCUAUGGUAAGGGUGGGAAAUAGGAUUUGAUCGCGGACUAUGAAUAGCUUUGACGAUGCAGGAAGAUCAAUGGUUAAUAUUUGUCCAAAUUUCACUUGACAAAGAUAUAGAAUUAGUUUUUCUUUUUAUAAAAAAGAUUGCAUGUACAAACUUUCACUUUGAUACUGUGGUAUUGACAUGUAAAUUCGUUUGGGUAAUCAGUAGUUCCUUGGUUAUACAUAUACACACUCCAGUAUGAUUAUGUAAUGUGAACUCUGAAGCAUCUUAUUUGUUCUUCAAUGUAUUUGUUUACACCCAAUGAAGUGAUUUGAGCA